AUGGUUGCAAUGGCCACCUCCUUGGAGUUGGAGCUCCCGCUCCUUCCCUUUAGCUUGAACGAGGUUGAUUUUGCUCAAGUUCUUGUUCCCUCUGAGAGUAAAACACUGCACUUAUAUGAAGCAAGGUAUCUGGGUCUACUGGAGGAGUCAUUGAUGAGGAAGAACAAGCUUUUUGUGCAUUUUGUGUUGGAUCCUAUCAUUAUUGAAAAUUCAACAGAAGAAGCAUCCUUUGCAGCCAGAAAUGGUUGUUUGGUUUUUAUAGAAAAUGUUGAGCGUUUAGAAGUUGGAGCAUUAGUCUCUAUUAGAGGAAUUGGUCGUGUAAAGAUUGUGAAAUUUGUGCAGGCUGAUCCUUACUUGAAAGGUGUUGUCAUACCUGUACAGGACAGGGCUCCUGACAGUGUCAGCAAAUUACACCCAAAAGUUAUGCAAGUAAAAGAGGCUCUUUAUAGUUUAAAUAGUUUGGAAAUCAAACUCAAGGCCCCAAAGGAGGCACAGUUGCAAACUAGAAUUGCCAAUUCUCUAAUGUGGACUGAAAAGGAACUACCCUUAGAUUGUAAUGAAGCUUUCUUUCCUUCAUUGGCUGAGCGUGUAUCCUUCGCAUCACUUCAACCGGUCUCAGGAUCAACCGAAUCGGAACUUCUGAAGCUGCAGCAAGAGAAGUUAAGGGCAAUGGAUCUCAGAGACUCCUUCCAGAGGCUAGACAAUUCCCUAGAAUUUGUUAAAGAUAAUAUCUCCAGGGUUGCAGCCAAGCUGGCUAUACAAUCAGUAGAGAUGCAGUAA